AUGAGGAGUAAGGAAAGACAGAGUUUGGGUGCCCAAAGGUCUGGGCUUGUGUGCACACUGUUGCACAUGAAAUGCACGGUGCCCCUGCAGCCCCCUGUGCAGAGCCAGGAGGAGAAGGCGCUCCGCAGGAAGCUGAAGAACCGCGUGGCGGCGCAGAGCGCGCGCGACAGGAAGAAGGCGCGGAUGUCGGAGCUGGAGCAUCAGGUGCUGGAGCUCGAGGAGGAGAACCAGAAACUGCUGCUGGAGAACCAGCUCCUCCGGGAGAAGACGUGCAGCCUUUCUCUGGAGAACCGGGAGCUCCGCUGCCGUCUUGGUUUGGAUGCGCUGAAGGUGGAGAGCAAGAGUGAGCCCCAGGUUGUGAAGGAAUCUCAGGUGGAUGAGAUCAAGUUGGUGACCGGGUCCGCUGAGUCCGCAGCACUCAGACUACGUGUUCCUCUGCAGCAGGUACAGGCCCAGCAGUCACCAGUUCUGACAGCUUCCACGUGGAUUCUGAUACCAAUGAUACUUCAGACUCUGAGUCUGAUCUCCUGUUGGGCUUUCUGGAUGGUUUGGACCCAGAGAUGUUUCUCAAAUACACCGAUUCAGAGUCAACGUACCUGGAAAAGCUGGAGGAAGAAAUCUGCAGAGAAACAAAUUCCAUACCAACCUCCCCCUCUCCAUCUUUGGGGUCCCCAUCAGCUAAGUUGGAGGCCAUUAAUGAACUGAUAAGGUUUGAUCAUGUAUACACAAAGCCCCUGUUAUUGGAGAUCCCUGUUAAAAUGGGCAA